CUUUAUUUCAGUGUGUGUGAGGGAAUAAAUGACAUUUCUCGUACAGGGAAAAGUGGUAGAGAAAAACAAGAUGGCUUCCAUCGUUCUCUUCCUCGUCGUGUUGAAAUUUUCGAGAAAAGUGCUUUGCUCGGGCUGAACUCUGAACAUUGUUAAAAAUCAAUAUAAAUAACUAACGAAUACACGUUUUUGUGGUGAGCGAUAAAUCUUGCAAGACUCUAUUCCUAAUGUUCGAAUCGUUUUAUGUCUGGCAAAUACAAUGAAACUGCUACCAGUUGGUAGUAGGGAACAUAAACAGCCAGACAUGAACCUCGAGGAUGAUAUACAAAAUGUUGCCAGUCAAAUUUGCAGAUCAUCCUCGGCACCACAAGUUGAUACGCCAAAGAUUGCCGAAAAAGAACAGUCGAAAACAUUGCAUCCGAUCGAUAUAACUCAGCAUUCGAGCGCUAGUAGACGAACCACCUUGCGCAGAACAACAUACUUACGGGACGAUGCGAGUUCGCCAUCAUCUUCAGUGAUCAACAAUUUAAACGAGAACGCCUCACAGCAUAGCAGCAAGCAAUUCAACAACGAGACUUCAACGAAGCUGCAUUUAACUACAGAUUUGCUGACAUCGGAGCCAAGAUUAGUUUGCAGCUUACCCCUAGAACGUCUGCAUUCCAUACUCGAAUCGUUAAACUUAACUAAAAAAAGUAUUGAAAUCGAAGCAAACUCUGGGAAUUUAAAGAUGUCUUUGUUUGACAAAAAUAGUACCAUCUGUAAGGUAUUAUGCCUCUACUGUGAUCGCACGUUUAACAAUCAGCAACUGAUGCGUAAGCACUCCGAUCGUACUCAUCGGGUAUUGAAGAAAUGUCGCAGUAGUACACGUGUCAUUACUGCAUCCUCCAGCGCAGACGUGUCUUCCUGCUGUAGUCUUUGCAACAAGGGAAUGGCGUUCAGUCCAGCCUCUCAAGAUUUGACACGGUUAUUCAAGCACAUGAUAAAAUUUCAUGCGGAUCAAUACCAUGCUUGUGAACAUUGUUUUAUACGCUUUCCCAAUGAAGAGUCCCGCCUAGCUCACUUCAAGUUGAUGCACCCAACUGCCCCUGCAAAUAUUCCCGCAACUAAAUCGAAGGCGGCUCUAAAAGCAUUUGGCUCUGGAAUACCGGGUUCUGGAAAUUAUUCCUCUGCGAAAGUAUCGGAUUUAGACAGCAGCACUGCGAGUCUACAAGAGAAGCAAAAACGAACGAAGGAUAUUAUAACCGAAAACGAGGAUGGUGGAGAACAUGUACAUAGAACAACUACCAUUAUAUGUUCAGAGGAUAGCAUUCGAUCAAACAUACGUCUUCGCUCUUCUCUGCGAAACAGUAAGAGUUCACAGCCCUUGAACAAUGCAGUACUCGCGAAUGAAUCGAAAUCAAAAAGUUUUAAAAAAUCCCAACGGCUGAUUAUGCGCAACACAGAACCGAUGCUACUAUCCAGAUUGGGCAUAGCCCAACACCGCUUGCCUCGACAAAGUCGCCGUUUGUUAGCAGCUGCUGCGCCCACAUCAGUGAUUCCAUCUGAUGUAUCUGCAUCUAACAUCGUUCGCGGUACGAAAAAGAAAAUUCCAGCGAAUGUUGCUGAUGAAGUGUUUUCGGCAGAUAACUGUAAUGAAAAAGUGACGAGAUCCAAACGUUCCACGACAAGCAUCUCGCCUACAUAUUCAAGUGCAAUAUCACAUUCACCAAUUGAUAUUAAUGGUUGUCGAAGUAAAGCCCAUGAAAAUUCUUCUAUCAGUUAUACGACAGCAUGUAACAGCAAUAAUAACAUCCAACAUAGCAGAACCAGUGGAUCUGCUACGUGUAGUGCCAGCGUUCCUGGGAAUAGUGUAAGCAUUAUUAGUGGCGGAUCUGCGGUGCACGUAAUUACAAACAAUUUUAAUAGCUGUGCGAACACCAGCAAUGUUUUGUUUGAUGAAGAUUUCUAUGAGAAUGUCACUAACAACGUACAUCAAAAUUUAAGCUGUUACCUAGAUGGAAAGCUUUAUGCCUCGAAGCCUAAUACACCGAGUCCAAUAAGUCCAGUUGUUGUCAUGCCAGCUGUACGUUCAACCGUAGUUAAAAGUCCCUUUUCGACUGAAAGCAUGAUACACGAGGCAACGAACCUGCCAACAGUGACUGUGUCCUUUCCAACGUUGCUGACAGCCGAACAAUAUGGCAGGGAUUCAGUAGCCAACUUGUCAGUAGUGUCUAAGACUAGGAAACCAAUCACAAAACAGUCUUGGAAGUGGAAAUGGGACUUUGUCAAGAAGUAUAAGUACGUGAAUGAGAAUGGACGUAUCGUGAAAAAAAUCAAACAACCAAUGAUGGGGUUACGUGAUCUUACCAAACUGGACAUGUGGACACAGUUGUCGAUGAGAUCAAAACACGAAUAUUCGGCCAAACUCGUUGAAGCCGUUCAGAAUUCUUCCGAUCGACCAAUCUUGGAAGUUGGAGCCGUAUUGCGACAAGAGAAACGUAUUUUGGUGGAACAACUAAAUCAGAUCUUGAAUGCUCGACUAUUUCCGCCUAUCGAUCUAGAACAGCAAGAUCAACGAAAGGUAAAGCUGGAAUCAAAUAAUGUCGUUGAAGCCAGUGAAAAUAACCUUGCAUCUGCUGUUAAUCAAUGCUCCGCUUCCACCGAAAGUAACGAUUCGCUUUCUUCUGUAUUUCAUCAAGAACAAGAAUUUCUUCAUACUCUACAGUUGGUACAGAUGAAAAAACAUCCUUAUCAGGAAUCGGUUGUUCUUAGCGGCGAAUGGGCACGACCACGGUGUUACGUUUGUUAUGGUUGCGGUACAAAAUUUGCGUCGUCAAAUCAAAUGGAAGAGCAUAAUAGCGCCCGGCACCCACUUGUAUAUUCGACUUGCUAUGAGAUUGUUGGUAGAGAGCUUAUAGAAAAUCAUUUGUACCGUCAUUUCUUUAUACCGUUGACAGCUCUUAAAAUGCAGCGUUUGUACUGCCAAAAAUAUCUUCAUUGUGGUAUGAUAAAUGACCUUACAAGUAUAAAAUGGCAGAACAGUCAACGAAUGGCAAUUGGAAAUCACGAAAUUAAAAAUGAAGACUCGUCAUCGAACGAAGCUACUUCGUUCUCUACAGUAACCAGCGCUUCGUCUUGUACUUCUUCAUCAUAUUCUAAUUCGUUCAACAGCUCCGCCGUGACUAUGCUUUCAUCCUUCAUUGGGGAAAACUGCAAAAAUGGCAUUAUAACAUUCAAUGCUGAUGUACGAUCAGGUGCAAUCGAGCAGGAUUGCAAUCCAAUAGUAUGUAGCAAAUGUUUUAAGGAAUGUUCAAAUUUACUGAUGUUAUACGCACACAUUUUACACUGCUCGAAUGAUUAUUUCUGGAUACAAGCAAAGAAACGCAUGAAAUAUAGACGCGCAAAACGUCGCAGAGGCGGAGGAUAUCGUAAUACGAUUAAUAAUUUGUCAAUGGCUUUAGCUGAUUCCGGAAAAAACGUGCAAAAGCCGCAUCCAUUUAUGACCCAAGCGUUACCAGCAGAAUCGGCAAUCCCUUUGCUCCCUUCAGCCACGUCUAAAACGGCUCUUCAAGACAACAAUAAUGCCAACACUAACGUGUUAGUAGUCAUAAAUGGGGACCAUAAGAAGAACAAGUCAUCAAAGCUUAAAGAAAGUGAUGGUGAUAUUGUCAAACGUUUGUUGGCUAAUCUACCUGAAAAACGCAAUUCACGUCAAAUAUCACAAAGGCAUGCAAAGGACAAACAUACAAGAAAUCGAUUAGAUAGUUCCUCGUCUUUGAACAUCGAUAUAGCCAAACUAAGUAAAAAUGCUAGAAAUAGCGACUCGCAAAAUCAUACUGUUACCAACCGUGCAACGCGUCGCAUAGCAACAGAAAAUUCUUUAAAUUCAAAUGCAAAAAAAUAUAAAAAAAGCUUACCUAAUUUGGGGAAACUAAUGAAAAAAAAUCAACGCAAAACAAGCAAUGCGGGCUCAACCAGCAAUGCGGAGCUUUGUUCUACAGCAACAACAACGUGGAAGACGAGGGUAAUAUCACAAACCGCCAUACCUAAAUCCUAUUCUACAACGCCUCUUUUAGAGGUGGAAAAAAAGCUAACAAAACCUCGAAUUAAAAGAAAAGAUUCAAAGUCAACGUUAUCGCGUACCGUUUUGCUCAAGGUUGCAGGAAAAAAGAAACAAAUUUCCAAAAGCAAACUCAUUCCAAAGGGCACCGUUGUAAUCAAGAAUGCUGCUAAAUGGAGAAGAAAUACACUCCAACUGCGAAACCUGUCAACAAUUCGUCAUACAGUAGUACGUAGUAAUCAUUUAGCUGAGUAUAACGAAAAGAAAUCCAAAACUGUUGUUAUAACUAACGUAGCAGAUGAUAAAAAUAUCGUAUCAUUUGCUAAGCCUACAGAAUGCUCUAAUCCCAUAGAAUUUUUACAAAAUGAAAAAUUGUUAACCGAAGUAUCCAUAGAACAAACACUCAGUCCGAAUAAGAAUGAAAACAUUAUAAAUCACUCGUCAGACAAAGGUACGGAGGAAAAUAGCUGCAUCAGCAGAAGCGAUAAAACUGAAAUUUAUUGUAAUGCUGCAAUCGUGACAAAAAAGAAUGAUAUCGAUCUAAAUGGUUUAAACCAUAGGCAUUGCGAAUCAUUUUCAGGGGACGAUAAUGGUCAGACAUUAGCUUCUUCAGAAUCAGGCAUUUCACAAACUAAAUUGAACGAGCCGUUUCAUGCCUUUCAAAUGCCGCUACAGAGGAACUAUUCUCACUUGUCUAUGAGUAAAGAGGCAAACCAAACUCUUUCUGCCCCGAUUAGGAAUAGCACACCUCAACUGAUUGAUACACUGAAACAACCGUUUGAAAUGGAAGAGCCAUGCGCCAACUACAUAUCGCCAGUCUCUUUAGCAGUCGGUAAUCAACCGAUAGUGCAUAAACGAAGACCGAAAAAACUUAUUGACUGCAUUGCUAUGCUAACAGGAAAGCUUUCUGAAAGAUUUGGAGUUGAUUUUUUCAGUCAAUCGGAUCGUAACGGUUCGCUUAAAUCAAUUUCAGCAGUGCAAGAUCAAUUAUCGCCACCACUGAAAUGCUCAUCGAAGGAAAAUGAAAUGGUGAAUGUGUCUGAAAAACAAAAUUCUCAUAUUAACGCUUGCGAAACAUUAAUAGUGCCCGAAUCGAACAUAAAUGCAUUUCCCGCAAAAGUAAUUGGCGAUACGGGGAUGGGAGAAUCAAAUACUGUGAGUAAUAAUGUGCUCGCUAACUUUAAGUCACUGUCGAAUGAUGGUUUGUCGUACAAACUUCCCGUAAACACAGCUUGGAUAGCAACUGCCUUAUGUCAAACACCAGAAAAAUCAAAGCAAUCCGUCAAUCACACUCCUGGUACAUCGCGAACAUCUAGCAAAUGUUUAGUCAAAGAAUUGAAAAUUACAAAUCAAGAAAAGUCAACAUCAACCAUUGCAAGUCCGGUAAACAAGAAGUCUGCGCUGAAUGUGGAACAGUUAUCUGAAGUCUCAGAUGAACCGUUAAACCUUUGCAAAAAUAAUUCUUUAUGUUCAAAGAAUGAUUCUCAUCCAUCAAAUUAUUCUCUCGGUAUAUUACCUACUCUUGCACAUAAGAUUCAGCAAAGUUCUUUGGCUUUCAACGGAUUGCUUACAACGAUGACCCAUUCUUCCUCUCCAUACCAACAACGGGAGCAAGAAAUGUCAAAUGACACGAGUUAUGUGCAUCAAAUUAGCAACGGGAUGACCAAUGAAAAACGGGGUUUUAGGAAAAUUGCAUUACCCAUCGAUGGCGUACCAGCACAUAAUUCGCUUUCUGUUAGCCCGAAAGACGGAAGCGGAAAUUUGGCAUCGAUUAAGCUUCCUCCUGGCCUUAUAAUCGAAAGAGUUGAAUGUAAACAAUCGAGGCCGAUUGUUUCAAAAGAAAUACCCUCUGUGACGAUUGUAGCCCGCAAUCGCAGCCCGUUACGAACGGUAGACAAGCGAAAUUUGAACGCUCUAUCGUGCUCUAUCAGUAAACCCCCUUUUGCAAGGCAACAGCAACCCCACACAACAAAUAAUUUUCCUGUCUUGAUAGACACGUCUACAGAAGGAAGAGAUGCGAAUGAAAAUGUCCCGUGUACCCAGCAGUACAAGGUCCAGCAGAAGAAUCAGGAACUUAAUGGGCUGCAGCAACACCUUUAUCUGAAAGACAACGAAUUGUCGAGCUCCACUCGACAUGUAGGGCAAAGCCUUUAUUAUGAGAGAGGCUCUUUGAUUGAAAACCAUAUUUCUGUGACUAUAACAACAGCAAAUCGAAUCGAUGCUCAUCAAGUUACCAUGGAGAAAGAUAGUUUAUAUCAAGCAAAAAACAAUACGAUCACUUUCAAUACUGGUAUGGAUCAACAACAUAAUAAUACAUUUGAACGUAUUCCAUUUAAUACUAUUACAUCAUCCGCUUCAUCAGUGUCACCAACAGUGACGCCCGUUUCACACAAAUGUCCGCAAAUGGUAACGAAACCACUUCAGCAAAACCAUGGUGAUAAAUCCGGUCGAGCGACAUUAAUUAUCCCACAAGUCCCCAUGCCUCCAACCAUAACCGAACGACCUCGUAGAAAGAGCUUUUUUUCUGCAAUUUCAUCUAGAUCGCCAAUGCAUUCCACCCCUGUAGAUACUAAUACAGGAGCAGAGUCCCAUACCAGUUUCGAAAACAAUACCACGAGUAAUGAAGAGACUCCAUUCAAAGCCAUCGGCCCAAAGCAUCGGUCGCCAACCCUUUCGGAAGCAAAUUUAUUAGCUUCUAUGCCUUUGUCGCUUCUUCAUUCCGGUGUGUGCAAUGGAUCUCAUCUGGCACUCGCAUCUGUUAGACUUCCUCCUCAUUUGAAACCUCCUGAAAUACCACCAUUGACAAUACCAUCUCUCGGAUCAACUCCAUGUAUUGAACACAUUUGGUCACAACCGAAGCGAUCGCGCGAAGGAACAACAUGUGAGAAUGCUUAUUCUAUUAAUAGGAACAAACUAUUGGCAACAAAAUCGUCUCUUCAGUGCUCUUCAAUCUCAGAAAAGAUUAAACCCAUGAAUAUCACAAACAAACUCAUAAUAGCUCUCAAGGAUUGUUCGUCUCAUUUGUCUGAUGACCAAGAGACCAUCUCAAGGCAACCAGAUAUAAGUGAAUGUCCAGAAAAAGUAACGAUCCAGGAAAGAGUUUGUAAAACAAAUGGUGAGAUUGGAACAGUCAGCGAGAAAUUGAGUCUUUUGGGGCAACCAGAUAUAAGUGAAUGCCCUGAAAAAGUAAUGAUCCAGGAAAGAGUUUGUAAAACAAAUGGUGAGAUUGGAACAGUCAGCGAGAAAUUGAGUCUUUCAGGUAUUGACUUGUCCUCGGGUACUAUACCAAAUUUUGUUCAGCUUUGCGAGCGGCAAGUUGAUUCUUCGAAUUGCAUCCUAUCAAAUGAUAUCAUUGAAGCCAAGAAGAGGAACUGCGAGCAACAAAAUGACAAAGAAUUUUGUGAAAGACCGCAGCAAACAAUAGAACAGGCAGAAAAUACUAUUGACUCGCUAGAAAAAAACCCAUCAACGCAAGAGCUAAGCGAUACAGAAAGGAAUGUCACUAUGAGUAGUGUUGCUAGUGAUUCAAGAUUGGAUGGACCCAGUAGGCUUACUGAUGCAGUACAUAAUACAGAGGCAAACAAGCAAGUCGAAAAUCAUGUACACGAGGAACAAUACUCAAAAAAUGCCACAGCAAUGAAACCAAUCCACGAAAAGAACGAGGUAGAAGCUGAUUUAAGCAGACACACUUCGAGAACGUUAUCCGAUUCGGGCAAAUCUACCAGCGAUAAUAGUCUUGCAUCACCCAUGCAAAAGGUUACUCGUAAACGACGAAAAAAUGAGUUGGCUUCAAUACUGUCGGAUCAGCUUCUUGAAAGCUUUAAAGAGGUGGACAAAUCGAAACUUAAUGAUUUGAAACUUUUACACGAUAUAACAUGUCAAACGCCAUAUGUUAAAUUUUCUUUGGAGCAAAUACCUCAACUAGCUAAGCGUAAAUCAAAUCCGCCGAAGCAAGAAUUGUUUGAAUCAAAUGUACGCGGCGUUGUGGAAAAUGAAGUGAAGUUAAAUACUUCGUUUACUGGUCAAAAGAAUUCUCGGAGCAAAACACCUGUCAAAAAAAGUAUAUGGACUGUACAACACCAGAUGUUAGUAAAUAGUGAAUCAAUUUCGAACAGUGAUUCAACGAAAUCGCAACGAUUAACGUUUGAGUCGAUAAAUGAUUUGACUGGAGAUGCCGAGGUGAAGCAAAACAUUCCCAGUAAAGUGGGUGCACCAAUAAUCAUGACUAGUUUAAAACAAUCAGGUAGUAACUCGAUUAAGCGCAACCGAAAACAUACCAAUGAUAGAGUGACCCCCAUUGUCGGAAAACCAGAUAAAACUCCAACUACCAAACAAACGGUCGAAGUCAAGAAAAAUGUGUCACCAACUAUGACGAGAAUGAAAAAUAAACCGAAAACAAAUGAAACAAUGUUAGGCGGGGGGAAUAAAAUGCAGAAAAUUGUAGUAGCUGAUAAAGUCAAUGAAAAUACUGGCUCAAAAAAAAGCAAUAAAACACACUCAAAAGCGACAAAAGUAAUCAGGGAGAGCAGCGAUGGGACCGUAACAGGCAAUAAUCCUGCAUCUGAUAGAACUAUCGCGUUGGAAGAAAAUGAAAUGAUAAAUGUAGGGGUCGAAUCCGUUGGGAAUAUUAAGGAAUCUAUUGGGGAAACAGAAAGUAAAAAUGAGAAAGAUGCUGAAGAACUAUUUGUUACCUUAAAGGAGGGCAUUUUGCCGGAAGGAAAUUUAUCAAGAAAAAGCAGCGAACAAUCUUCGGCUUCUGUUAUUAUUGAUCCAAAGAUACAACCUGUCCGCGAAACAAUCACUCGAAUGACACGUAGAAAGUCCGUGUUUGUCGAUCGGGAUUUGGCGCAGUACAUGUGUGAAACUAAACCGCCGGAAGUAAACUCUUUUAAAGACGAUCUCAUUUUAACAUCCCGCCGAGGGACGCGAAGUCAGGGAAACAAAAGCCUCACUUUGGUGAAUAAUUUCGUUGAAGCAACAAUGAAACCACGCGAUCCACGGCGGAGGCUCGUGCAGAAACGCUUGGAAACGGAACAGUGUAAUGUUAUUCCAUUGCAAGAAACACAAGGAGCUGAGAGCUUCAAGCUAAUAUCAUAUGGACAUACCAGUACUGGCGAUGAAGCGUGCAAAGUUACUAGUGAAGGUCAAAAGAUUUUUUCCGACCCUGAAGAACAACAAGUGAACACAAGUGCAAGUCAAAAAGAUAAUUCUCCGGUCCGAAGGAUUCUCACUCGUAGGGCGUCUGUUUUCGUACGUAUUCCCACACCAGAGUUAGAGAAAUCGUCGAGUAGCGAAACAGUGGUACCACAAUCAACGAGGAGCGACAUGAAUCUUCGAACAAUCAGUAUUGAGACGAAGCGUAUCUAUCGUCGUCGAGCCUCUAUCCAUCAACUUUCAGCCGAACUGCUGGAUCAAACAGAGAGCAAGGCCACGAAGAAUGAAUUUGAAAAUUUCACCAAGCACCAAGAAAAACAGCCUACAGAAAGUACGGCAAAUAAUCGUUUCAAAAUGACAAGCAAAUGUGAACCAAUACGCGGAAAAUGCGAUCCACUAUUCGAAUCUCUAUUGCUACAGACGGAUACAAGUAGUCCUAGCGGUGCAAAAAAAAGAACCACCAAAAAUAGCCAGAUCGCCGAAACAUUUUCAAAACUGUUCAACAUACAGGAAGAGAUUAGACUAAUAGAUAGCACUAAAAGGAAAUUCAAAAAGAACAAUAACGUCAAUCAUGUACCAUUGACAAAAGAAACUACAAACGUUGAACAGCAAUGUGUGGACCACCAAACAUCAGUGGAGACGCAAAAUUUCUUCUCCUCUGCAUCCAAUGGUAAUAGUGUGUAUCAAACCUCUGAGUACACCAAUCGUGCAAAUAAUAUGAAGUACAGCGGGUCUGACACAGCGAUAUAUUGCGAUUCCGGAGACGACAAUAUAUCACUUGCCUGUUUUGUAGCUAGGCAAAAAUAUGGCCGUGGCGAAUAUUCGUCGAAUUUGACACAACCUAUUGCCGCAGUGCAACCAUCUAUAACAACAAUUAGUUCGACGUUUUCUAACACUUCCAAGCGUGCUUUGUCGGUGGUAGAUGAUGAAAGUACCAUGAAUACAGAUGGGAUGGAUGAUGCUAUGAGCGUGACGACGGAUAUUCAUCAUAAAAAUGUCGCCGAAGUGAGUGGUAGACGCAAAAGGAAAAGGCUUAUAUCUCUUCGAAGAGGGAACAAGAUUCAGCGGCAGAAAGCAAAAGCCCAUUCUGAAAUAGAUAAACCUGUCGUUACAUAUAACUGCGACCUUUGUAACAAAAUGUUUAAAAAACAGGACGCUUAUAAUAAGCACCGGAUGACUCUUACCCAUAUUGCGAAGCUGUCCGAACAAGAAUUUUUGCUUUUGCAGCAGAGGUCAGUGGUUUCUAAUGUUUCCAUACGACCAAGAGUGCACGGUAAUGCGUCGAGUGGAAUGACACCGUUGAAGUGUGAUAUAAUUGACGGAAAUGAAGAAAGGAAAAACGAUUCUAAAGUAUUGUCGGUCCAUGAAAAAAAAGCUGCUACGGCGUUAUUAGAACCAACAACUUUAGAGGAUUCAGUGAAAACCCUGAGUCAAGAGGAGAAACUCUUUUAUGAAUGUUGUUCCAUGCUUAAAGAAUCCAACACAGACUCUGGUGGUCGCAAAUUGAAUGUAACAGUACCUCUUAAAUCAAUUGAAAAAGAAUAUACUAACCCGAUUUUGGAAAGUGUUAAAAAGAGUUCUGUACAAGCUUCACCUUCGGGAUCGCAAGGUGUAGUAAUGAACGCGAACUCUGCAGCUAUAACCGACUCAUGCUUUCAAAUGUUCCACGAUCCUAAACAACCUCCCGACUUAAGAGCAGUAAAUGGACCUCUAAAAGGCGGCCGAAAUGUGAUGAGUGCCAACGAUAAUCCAAAAAACAAUACCAAAUCAGCUGCCACUGGCAUCUGUUUUUUGCCAGCGUCGCAUAGCAGUAACAAUAAUACCAAGAUUAAGACGAAGGGAGCUUUGAAGGGCUAUGACAAUUUCAAAGUUUCCAUACCAAUGACAGAACUAAUGAUGGCGGUUUGCGAUGAGACUUCUGAUGUAAUUGCUGACGUAAAUUUUCCUGCUGCGAAAGAUUCCCGGCUAGAAACGCUGGCCGAUGUCGCACUGUGUAAUAACAUUACAACUGACUUUGCGUCAAUGAGUCAAAAUCACAAUGGUGAGGAAACGGAGAGAUUGCCGAGAGAGAAUCAAAUUAAAUCACCUAAUGAUUCCUUGCUGCCGACGGAAACGCCGGUAAUCGCGGCCUAUCACUUUAGUACAUCAUCCGAGUGUGGUAGUUCAACGAAAAAAGAAGAUGCUAUUGUUACGCAAGUAAGUACACAUGGGAGUGUAACAGACAGCAAAUGUAAGAAAAGAGAAACAGUAGAAGCAAAUUUAUCGAAACGAAUGAAUCAGCAAAACAAGCCUUCAAACCGAACUACACGGAAUAGUAGAAAAAAAGCCGAAAGUUCAUCGAAAUCGACCGUGAAUAUUACAGCACUAUCGGUAAAUGCGGAGCGUAUAUCAUCGGAUACUGACAUAUACGCAUUCCAGGAUUCGCCGUCCGAAGGAUUUGCUCCGCCAUCGUUUACCUCGAAAAAGUAUUUCACUGCGUUACGACUACCAGCAAUACCCGAAAAUAACGCUAUAUCUGAGGACGAGCAACUUCAGAAAUCUGUAUGUAUAGAUUACGAUGAUAGCCAAAUGUCUAGUUUGAGUUUCUCCGAUCGGGAUGAUUUCGUCUAUGGAACCAAUACGUUGACCGACGAGGACGAGGUAGAAGAUUCACAGGUGAGAAAGAACAAAGAUGAAGACAAGAGCGGCAGUAACCGCAGCCCAGAGCAAAUGUCCAAGAAUGAUGGUAAAGCGGACAACAAAAAGAAAUGUCUCAUAAUGGGGCGUAUUUUUAGGAAAGGUGGGAAUAAAGAGAAAAUGAAAAACACACAUGGAGUCAAAGAUGCUCCCAAUUUAACGUUUAAUAUCGGUGACACGGCUGCUUCAGUAUCAGUGGAUACUGUGAAAAAGGAUUUCGAUAAACUAUUUGACACUCUUAAAAAUGCGGACGAUGUGGAUUGCAAAUCGUUAACCAACCAGCAGAUCACUUUUCCCAGCGAGGAUGCUUUUAACAAUGUGCACCACUCAAAAUUAGUGGAAACAUGGGAUUCCGAAGAGUAUGAUGACUUUCACACCGAUGAUAUCUUACAAAUGCUGGACGAUGCUGAAAUGGACGAACUAGAACAGCCAAUGAAAUCGAGCUUUUUGGUAAACGAAGCGCCGCAAAAGAAUCAAACUAACAUACUCCAUGGUAACUCAAAACAAGAGCCUAUUGAAAGGAGUAGCGAUAUUGCGCUGGGCACUUCGUCUACUCUGGGGAUUGAUGUUGGUAUGGAUCAAAAAUGCUCGGAUAUAGGAGUAGUCACGGAUUACACCAUUAGAAAGGUGAUGGAAAGCGUCAUACUUGAGACGAUGAGUAAGAGCAGUCAAAAGACAAUCAACAAAAAUAAAAUAUCAAGAUUGCAAAAUUGUGUUGCGAACAACAAUGAAAGUGUUCUAUGUCAGGAUAUAGCCUCUCACGGAGGAUUUCCUAAUCACAAACGAUCAAUCAAAGAGAUUAAUGCGACCGGGGCUUCUAAUGAAAUCCUAUCCAAUUUGCCAACUUCGAUAGAGGACCAUGUAUUGGAGUCAAGCGUUUUAAUUUCUUCGCGAACCAUUACGACAAAAUUCAAACAAAAACUGAACUCCUCAUUACAACGUUCCACAAUCUCUAAGCUGCAUGAUAGACAAACCCGCAUUAAACCGCAACAAUUGUUGGAUAAAAAUGAAAAAACGGGAAACAAUAGCUUAGAAACUAGCAAAUCGUCUUUGAUUGAUAAUCCUGUAUAUCCAUCUACUAUAGCAUCUCAGAAAAAUACAGGCGACGCCGCUGUAUCCAUACCGAACCGAGCUGAGGUCCAAUCCAGAGCUCAGUCCAGUUCGCGUGAAUUUAAGCGAUUGUACAAAGUUGUCAGUCAUAGUUCGGACACACCGAAAUGUGCAGCUAUAGAAGGGGAAAAUGCAAUCCUGCCAACCGGUGUUGAGAGAAAGAAUCUUGCGAGUGGCAUUAAAGAACGAAGAGCACCAGCUCAUAAACAGCGCAAGACAACUGUUAAGAAGAUGAAAAACGUUGCAUACGAUCCUGAUAGCGACUUCGAGGAUAACAUAAAAUGUAAAAAGGUUAAGCGUAAAUUAUUGGAAAGCGACAUAGAAGGUAACCUUAAAAUGGAAAAGUUAAAAUCAACGCUCAACGACAAUACUAUAUUGUUACCGUUGCCACGUCGAAAGCGCAACGCUGGAGAUAUGCUCUACUAUUGGUCGUCGACCAGCGAUGAGGAUGACGGUUCAGACUCACGUGAAAAUAUUGAAUUUGAGUCAAAACGAAUGAAAUCUAGUGACAAAAUAGAAUCCAUCAUAACGGACGUUAUCAUUCCUAAUGGUCCAAGUUUUCCAACAACUUUAUCACCGAAACCACAAAAGGCAAAACUAAUAGCUAGUGGACCAAAGACGUCAAAGAAGCCAAAGUGUGAUUCUAACACAUUUUUGAUGUCUAAAAAUUCCCCCCCACGUAAAAAAAUAGGUAAGACUAUUAAACCCAAAACACGCGGCACUUGCAAAGCAAAGGAACCUUUCAGGAAGGAAAAAAAUAGUGAAAAGCAUAGUAGUGGGGUGUGUGAGAGAAAAAAAAUAAAUUGUUUCGAUAGAAUGGGCUCACUCGAUCCAUCCGAGGUAGAAGGUUGUGAAACGAGUAGUAGCAGCGACCAGCUUCAGCAGCAUGGUUGGAUAGUCGGUGAUUCACACAAAAAGUUAGUCACAUUACUAGCCCAUGCCAAAGGUAAACAGGACAGUCGUAAAGCCAUAAAUCAGCGCCGAAAAUAAGCAACAGUGGACGGAUAGUCAAAUUACUGCCCUUCUCACUGCAUUAAUCUUUUCCCCAAGUUCUUGCAAUGUGAGGAAUGACGUUUGGUAACAAUGAUAAUGUAAUAUACAAUGUUUGGUAAUCGGAUACCACAGAGAGUAUGCGCGAAAUAUAGUAUGAAUAAUAUAAAAAGAUUCAAUCUCGAACUUUUGUAGUGUGAAAAAAAAAUUCCAUUUUAAUACUUUCUUGUCUCGAAUUAAAACCAAAUCAUAAUGUUAUGUGGUCUUGGAGUAGUGGUUUUGGUUUGAUGACUAUUAAUUAAUGUAUACAUACAUUUAGAUAAUCCGCCUCAUAAGAAUGUAUAACAUCUGAGUAAGCAAGAUAUCGCUGGUAUGGAUAACUAGACGAGAAAGGAUGCAAGAAGAACCUAUAAAUACUACUGUAAAUGUCUUAUAGAUGCAUUAAAAAGCUUAAAUAACAAUAGAAAACAAGAAUUUAGUUCAAAUGUUUUUAGAAGCGUAGGAUUGUGGUACAUGCAUUUUCUCAUAAAUGCACAAUAGUUCAAGGAGCACAAGAGAUCAGUACCAGACACAUGAAAUAUUGAUUCCCAAUUAGAAAGAAUUAGAUUUAGACCCUGUGAGUAGAAAUGUAAAGAGUUGAUAUAAAUUAUGGGUAUUAAAUACAGCAUCCAUCUCUAGCCAAAUUCGGACCAAGUGUCCUUUCUUCAUUUCUGAUCAAUUCUCUUCAUUGCCGUUGAUCUUCUCGUAUUUUCCGUAAUUUUCGGUUAAACAAUGCCCUUUAAAUAUUGCUGUCAGAACAGUAAUUUAGCAAAAACGCCACGAAAACACAGUCUCUAAGCUUCAUCCAGCAAAGUGAGAACAAUUAAAAGCACAAGACAUCUUUUGGCAAUGUUGAACACCGCUAACGGCUAAAAUAUUUGAUGUUAAGGAUUCUGUCCAGAAUCUAUUAAUGGGGACGUAGGCGAAAUGAACAUUGUGUAAAAAUAAAUAAACAUGUGUUUGUCAAUCAAGGAAGAGAGAAGUUUUUUAUAGUGUUUCUAGAGACGUAGACAAUUUUCCUGGUCCUGGAAAAAGAUCUUGUACGGCGGACAAACAAAUUUGAAGAAAGGUUUGAUAAGUUAUAUUUUUGUGUUUAAAAUCUGAUAAGAAUUCUUAUUAUUUUGGGGUUUCGCGGCUAUAAGUUGGCAACCCUGGUACCUAGCAAAUGCGCCAGUAAGAGAAAAUCCAAGACCGCCAAAGUUAUCGCAGCGUUGCCUUUCAUCAUCGAUUAAACCGUAGCGAGCUUGCUGGUUAAAACAGGGAUACAGCUUAAGCGCAUGCAACCAACUCUAUUCUACUCUGUCGGAAUUUAAUAAAUAGAGUGCAAUUAUUGCAAUAAAUUCCAUGACAAAUGUACUACAUGAUCGUCGUUGCACGUGUUUGUUCGCCAACAAAACAGAGCAUGCUGAACGGCAUUGCGAUAAAGAUAAUCAUAUCUCUUUCACUCCAGUGGUUUAGCCUCUAUGCCGCUAUGUUCAUACAUUUCGUUUCGUACGUUUGAGACGAACAGCAAAUUAAUGGUGCAAAAUCGAGUCCACAAAUCACAGACACAUCUGAAUUCACAAAAUCGCGUGCAAGCGCAAAUUUGAAAAUAAAUAAUUGUAUGGGAACUACAGCGUUUUUAGUACAAACAAAUUAUAGUACAACUUUCUAGCAC